UUUUCCCGCCAGUAUGACUCGCGGAUGCGCUUCCGUCAGUGAUCGAGACCCUUUCUCUCUUUCUCUCUCUCUCGCUCUUCCCCCCUCUCUCUCUACUCCUGGACGUUCAACUUGCGUAUAACCCAUAGCCUUUCACCUCUCAUCGUUCUUCUUCGAAUCUGCUCUGACAGAUACGGACGCACAUCGUAUACCUACACAUUAUUUACGUACCCUUCGAGCUAUGGAGCUAAAUAGUGGCAGCAAGGUUGGUGAAAUUUUCACUGCUGCAGGAGCAGCUUUCAACAAAUUGGGAGAAUUAACUAUGCAAUUACAUCCUACGUCAGACUCUCCUACUGGUAAAUGGACUGACGAGGAAAUUGAAAUGCUCCGUCACUCGGUUAAGACCUUCAGUGAAGAUUUGAAUAAAAUAAGUGAUCACAUCAAAGGCAGAACUGUGUCACAAAUUCGCUCAACACUUAAAAAAAAGGCCUUUGAAGAAGCUGGUGUACCUAUAAGACAACAACAAAUCAUUUCUCAACAACAAAGCACUCAGCAGAUCAAUGUUCAACAGCAAGUACAGACAUCUAAACAAACUGCUGCUAAUCAAAGUCUCAUGAGUAAAUCAGCAGAGGUAACACUAAACAUGCUCAAUGCACCAGAAUCAGAAGUUGAUGUCGAAGGUUUGCAAGAAGAGUGUCCUGUAAAAUUAGAAUUUGAUGGUACAACGGAAGAAGUUACAUCGUAACAAUUAAUUUUCUUUUAAAUAUCUGCCUACAGUUUUUUACAAGCGCUAAGGUCGCAUGUAUAUAAGUGUGUGCACUAUCGUUAAAGUACAUUUUCCAUAAUAUUGAUUGUAAAACCACUUACGCCAAUGAGGAAUUCUCUUUUCUCAGCAAUUAUCGAUCAGCUGUAAAGCAAAAAAAAUUAAAAGUACAAAAAUUUUUCAUAUUCAUAUGUAUUAUUUUAAGUUAUUAUUCAUGCAUCAUGGUGGUUAACAUAUCAUUAAAAUAGUAUGUAAGUUUCUAAAUAAAAGUUCAAUCUGUAUUUGUGUGAUUACAGUAAGUUUCUAUUUAGAAAAUUUAAAUAAUGAAAUGAAUUAAAGAUAAUGGAGUAAAGGAUUUUUUGACACUCCUUGUGCAAAGUGCGUCUUUCCCGUACGCUCGGCAUAAAACAUGCGUUAAAAAUCACACUUUCCACACGUCAUAAAAAAAUACAAUACGGCACAUGUUAAGAAAAAACGUUUCUUGUCUUGUGUACCUUUCCACCCUUGCUUCACUCGGGCGUAAACGCCAUACAAGAUAAGAAUCUACUUUCCCGCACUUGUAUCAUAAUGUACUAUAUAAAAUUCAAUGUUUUGAGUAGCUGAAAAAUGAAAAUGAACAAAGUGCAAAGAAUCCUACUAUUUACUUUAAAUAAUUCGGCAAUAAAGAUUGAGCAUUAAAUGAACCUAUUAUUAUUUUC